AUGAACACUUUGCAAUCUCAUGUUUUAGAGACUCAAAGUGUGCAUUCUGUGCCAGAGAUCACAAAACUAGUGAGCAUAAAUGUGAAACAUGCUCAAAAAGAGGUGAAAUUUGUCAACAUACUCUGCUUAAGUGCUCUAAUUGUGGUUCGGAAGAACGUACGACCGUCGGAUAAUAACGCAGCUGCUUCCGAACUACUAGCAUACGCGGACGCUUCCGAACUACUAGCGUAUGCAUAUGAGUGUAAAGGGGCCAUAGCGGCCGCUAAUUAA